UAUUAUUAUUAUUAUUAUUAUGAACCAUUAUCAUCCCACAAAAGAAUCCGUUGUUCAUGCUGUUGACUCAGAGUCUGAAUAUAAGGUGCCUUUACCUCAACCCUUUCAGAUGCCUCGUCGUCAUCUGACCAUGUGGGAUCAACAAGUCAGUCAUCAUGCCACUCGUCGUGGUUCAGAACACCAAAAAGUAUUGAGCACACUGUUUCCUUAUCAACCCAUGCAUGGCAACGAACCAUUAAUGUCUACAGAAGAUAUCACAACACAAGAUAUGUAUAUUGUAGAACCAGAUGAGGAGCCAAUGCAACAUUUAGUCUUACUGCCACUGGGCAAGACAGGCGCAGGCAAAUCAAGUCUACUGAAUCUCAUGCUGGGCUAUAAUGAAUUUACUGCCAAAGCAGCUGCCAAAUCUGUCACAGAUCGUAUUACAGAACGUACGGGUAUCUGGGUGAUUGAUCAGAUAGAGACACUGAUUACAGUAGCAGAUACACCGGGAUUUGCUGAUUCAAUGAACCGAGAUCAAGCGUUCCUGAGUGUGUUUAAAGAGUUUAUUCAGGACAUUGGAUCAAGAGUAGGCAUUGAUGCUUUUAUGCUUGUUUUUCAAUGUAAUUCACCUACUAACAAUAUUAUGGCUAUUUUGGACCAUUUCAAUACCAUGAUGCAGUCAUUUCAACCCACAACAUGGUGGCAUCAUGUCUUGUUGGUAUUUACCCGUGUGGAUUAUCACCCUCAACUGAAAUUACCCACCAAUAUCGUAAGCAAAAAACAAAGCAUCACUCAAGUCUUGGUGCCUGAAAUACAACGUAAAUUCAAUUUACCUUCUCCACCUAAAUAUGCUUUUGUGAGUUCAAAAGCACCCAAUUGUUCUUAUUCAAAAAAGGGACAAUGCGAUUGUUUUGCUGCAUCCAAAUAUCAUUCAGAUCAAAUGCGUACAUUGAAAUCAAGAGUAAAUGCUAUUUUAAUAGAGAAUGGUGGAAGGUGGAUGCCUUCUGUUGAUUAAAAAGAGAGGGGGGGAAUAAGAGUAUUAAGGUGUAUAAUUUUCAAAAAGCGUUGGACAUGAAAUAAAAGAGAAUAGGUGUAAUAUAGACUGCUACAAAACCAAUGCCUAAGACAAUAUAAGCCAAUGCCAUGUAUGGAUCACACUUUACCUGCAUAGACAAUCAGUUUAGUCACAAUAUCAACAUCGUAUCGAAGGGGUGCAUCUUCUAUGAUCAAUAAAGAAGUAGGGUCAAACACUUGUUUUUCAUUGGUCUUGAAUGGUUCUUGUGUAUUUCCACGAUACGAUAAUUGACUCUGAUGUUGUGCUUCCCUUAAAUCAAUAGCAGAUUGAAUACCAACAUGUUCAUUGUCUUGCAUAUUACUUGACAUGGAUUGAAAGUCAAGAACAGAAGGAACAGGGUGAAUACUCUCUCUUCUUAAACUCUUGUAGGUUCUAUAGUUUAACAUCAAUCAUAAGAACAACCGUCUAUA